AUGUCUACAAGUCUCGCGAGCUUGAAGAAGUUUGAAUUGGUCCAAUUGGCCGAUAAAUUGAAGCUAAAGUACCCUGCGAAGCUCAAUAAGCCGGCACUAGUGACAUUGAUUGAUCUUCAUUUGAAAGGAAUGAAAAAGCCGCUUGAUCUUAUUGCUUUCCCUGAGUUGGGAGAAUAUUAUGAAAGCACUGGUGAUGACGACGAAGAAGAUGAUAGUGAUGACGACGAAGAGACCGAUAAAAGUGAAGGUUUAAGAACUACAGAUGAAGAGAGUUCAAAUACAAGUGACGGAUCAUCAAACGGGGACUGGUUCUCAACGCUCCGAUUUGAUGGUAUAAAAUCUCCUAGCCCAUUAUUUCAUUUUAACUUUCAUGAAUUUCUUUCAGAUAUCCAGGGCAAUAUUGCGGACGUAAACCAGAAUAUCCAAGAUACGCUUUCUACAAUUCCUGCCGUUGACGGAAUCUUUUUUGCCCUUGAGCUGUAUUUCUACAUAGUCAGGCCUUUCUUCCAUUUUGAUAUCAAGGACAGUCCAUACUACGUUUCUACGACCCUUUCACGGAGCCAGUUUGUUUCUCUAAUCUUGUUUUGGGGUGCUGCCUCCUUUGCACUUCCUGCAUUAAUUGGGUAUUAUAUCAACUUCAUCAGAUAUGAUUUACCUUCAGUGGAGAUAGAUCCACUUAUAUUUCACGUUGCCAAGACGUUAAUUGCUAUAUUGAUCGGCUACUACUGGAAGCCCAACUUCAUGCGUGAAGCAACGUAUGUAGUCAAGGAUACAUUUGGUACAGCAAAGCUUUCAGAGAUAUUUAAGCACGGUCUUGCUUUUUCCCAACUACAAUGGACCUUGAACCUACAACAAUGGCCUUUGAUUUUUGGUGUUACUGGUAUAAUUUUGUGUCUAUACGUAUUAUAG